CACCGAUCAACGGAAAGAGCUGAAGAUGUUGGCUCCGUCAUGUGAUCAGCUGUGUCCAAUCAGAGCUGAUCACAUGAGGGGACAUCUACACUGAUCAUCAGGGCAUUGAUGAUGUGUGCCCUGAUCAGUGUAGCCCCAGCAGAGCCACCUGUCAGUGCCCAUCAGUGCCUCAUCAAUGCUACAUAUCAGUGCCUACCAGUGCACAUCAAUGCCACAUAUCGGUGCCCAUCUGAGCUGCCUUUCAGUGCCACCUAUCAAUGCCUUUCAGUGCCACCUAUCAGUGCUGCCAAUCAGUGCCACCUAUCAGUGACCGUCAGUGCUGCCUAUCAG